AUGCGGCAUGGUGCCGCAGUAAAUGCGAAGGGUGAAUUAUUUGCGGUCAGUUUCAAGAAAGCCGUUUUCCAACUUGGACAAGUUCUUCCUACUCAACAAUUGUUCUUCAGGGGAGAUAACAAGAGUUUCUUCAAUUCUAUCCGAUUCCUCCCGUCAAAGAAUAAGAAUGAACAAAUUGCAUUAACUGGUGAUGUGCUACAACAUCGUGUACUAAAAAUAGUGAAAAAGGGAAAAAAUACAAAGACCUCUGUGUUCUGUGCAGAUCCACGUAUUGUUCAACCAAACGACUUGGCUGUGACUAAGUCUGGUCGUGUUUAUCUUUCUGGCCAAAAUUUCACCCACGAUACUAAAGUAGGUGAUGGUUCUUUGUGGCUUUGCGAUGGAAAAUCAAAAAAAGCUAUCCGAUUAGGCGAAUUCGGUCGCACCAAUGGAAUCGAAGUUUCACCUAACGAAAAAUAUCUCUACUUAUCGGAAGCAUUCAACAAAAACGGAACAAUAGUCUCCAACAAAAUUCUUCGUUUCAGACUAAACCGAAAAACUGGCAAAACAAUCGGAAAACCCAAAAUUUUUGUUGACUUUGCAAAAUUCGAUAAAACUCAAAACAUUGACAUUGAUGGAAUGCGCACCGACAUCAAAGGAAAUCUUUACGUCACUCGUAAUGGAAGUGGUCAAGUGAAAAAAUUCUCUCCAACCGGCAAACUAUUGGCCACGUAUGUACUUAGUUUCAAAGCCCCAACUAAUCUCGAAUUGGGUGGCCCAACGGGCACAGAUUUGUUUGUUGUUGGUAAAUGCGAAGGUGAAUUUGCAAAUGGCUGUGUUGAUGUUUACAGAGGUGGAAAAAUUCCUGGACGCGCUAUUUCUAUUUUAAGGAGGAGAGGGCAUGGACACAUGUAA